UUAAAUUGGCCUUUGAACUUGCAUGGCAAAAAAAAAGCAAAAAAAAAAAGCCUUACCUUACCAAAACACGGACAGAACCCAAAGAUCUAAUGGCAUUGUUGAGGUCUACAAAUACAAAUGCAAACUUUGCAUGAUGCAACAAUCAGAGGCAGCAAUUGACAGUGCUAUGAUCCAAUAGCUUGCCUAUGCCUAGAAACGUGCCUCUGAAGAGCAUCUCAGUGGAGGUUCUGGUUCAGGAUCAUGUAGCCACAGUCUUCUCCACUCUGCAGUAUGUGAAUGAGGAAGAGCGCCCCCUGGAGGCCUUGUUCGUCCUCCCUCUGCCUGCUGAUGCUGCUGUCUGCCACUUCAGUGCCAAGAUCGGAGAGCAGGAGAUUGUGGCAGAGGUGCAGGACAGAGAAACCGCGAGGGAUCAGUAUGAUGACGCUGUGAGUUCGGGUCAGCAGGCGUUUCUGUUGGAAGAGAGCGCAGAGAGUCCUGAUGUGUUCAGACUGAGUGUCGGGUGUCUGUCGGCGGGUCAGAACGCUGCCGUCACCAUCAUCUACGUCACCGAGCUCGCUGUGCAGGCCGACCACUCGCUGCGCUUCUGUCUGCCGGCUGUCCUCAACCCCCGAUACACACCAGCAGGUUCAGCUGCUGGUAUAGUCUCAGAGAUUUCAUCAGGAGCUGUUCCCUACACGCUGACUCUCAGUGUUUAUGUGAGCUCUCCGAAGCCCAUCUCCAAACUAGAGUCCAACUGCACUCUGGAUCCUCUAGUGUUCCUCCACUCUGAUCACACUCAGGCUACGGUGGAUCUGAGUCCUGGUCACAUGUUUGAUAAGGACAUUGAGCUGUUUGUGUACUAUCAGGAUACCCAUCAGCCCUCUGCUAUAGUGGAGGCAGGAGUGACCACUGCCCCGCCAGGUUCUCUGAUGAGGGACCCAGUGGUCAUGAUAAGUUUGUACCCAGAGUUCCCAGAAGAAGUGGAAUCACUGGCAACUCAAGGUGAGUUUGUUUUUGUGAUUGACAGAUCAGGCAGUAUGGACUGCAUGAUGAAUCACGGGAGAGGAGCACAAAAGCGCAUUGAAAGCGCAAAGGACACUCUGCUGUUACUGUUGAAGAGUCUGCCCGUGGGAUGCUACUUCAAUAUCUAUGGAUUUGGCUCUGAUUUUGAGUCCUUCUUCACUCAGAGUGUUGAGUACAAUCAGGACACAAUGGAUCAGGCUCUGAAGAGAGUGAAGGAAAUGCGAGCAGACAUGGGCGGCACAGAGAUAUUACAGCCUCUAAAACACAUCUACAGUCAGCCCUGUUACCCCGAUCACCCCAGACAGCUGUUCGUCUUCACUGAUGGAGAGGUGGGAAACACUAAAGCGGUGCUGGAUCUGGUGAAAAGUCACGCUCACUCUCACAGGUGUUUCUCAUUCGGGAUUGGUGAGGGUGCGAGUGCCGCCCUCAUCACAGGAAUGGCCAGGGAGGGAUCUGGUCACGCUCAGUUCAUCACAGACAGCGACCGCAUGCAGCCCAAAGUGAUGCAGUCGCUCAGGUUUGCGCUGCAGCCCGCUCUGGUUAAUAUCUCUGUGGAUUGGAUCCUUCCAGACGGUGUUACUGUUGAUACACUGUCUCCACCCAUCAGUGUGCUCUUCCAGGGUCAAAGGGCACUCAUUUAUGCCCAACUUAAAGGAGAGAGUUCAGGAGGCUCUGAGGGAACAGUGACAGUCAAAUACAGUCUUAAAGAUCAACCAGUAACAAACCAGCUCCACUUCUGCCUCAAACCAACUGAAGAAACAGGGUUGUCCAUUCACCAGCUGGCGGCUCGGACCCUGAUCCGUUCUCUGGAGCAGGAGGAGAGGUCCGGUGCUGCAGGUGUUGAGGGCAUCAGGAGCAGGAUGGUGGAGCUCAGUGUUCAGGCAGGAGUGAGCAGUGUUCAUACAGCCUUCAUUGCUGUGAAUAAAGACAGCAGACAGACUGUGAAAGGACCCCUGCUGCAGAGAAGAGUGCCGACAUAUGCUGCACAAACUCCUUGGAAGCCAGAUCCACAAACUCCUUGGAAGCCAGUUACACUUGGCGACGUAUGCGUGUGGUGCUGCAGACACCGGAGCCGACGUUAAUGACAUUGUUCAACUACUGUAUGUGUAAAAGAAACACACAAUUCAUUCAAAGCAGAGACAUCGGCUAUGAGCAAAAUGUCUUGUAAUGCAGCAUUUGAAAUCUGCUAACACGUCCAAUUCAGUAAUGCAGGUAUCAGUGGUGGAAAGAAUACUGAAAAAACAUACUCAAGUAAAAGUACCAUUACCUUCCAAAAAAUGUAGUGCGAGUAGAGUAAAAGUACUUGUCCAAAAAACCACAAAGUACUCAUGAGUAGCGAGUACUAAGCUGUGGAUUCUAUCCCCUCAUAAUAAACGCUGUACACUGCAAUUUAUACAUUUAAAAAACGUUGUACAUUCUGUAAUUCACAUUAUCUUGUUUGCUGGAUGAUAGAUAUUCUUCAUUCUUUAUGACAGUUUUAAUUUUGACUGCCAACUCUUUAAAACACAUCAAAACAGCACGGAAACAGUAUUCAGUUGAAGAAAAGAUGAAAGUUAUUCUCAGUACAAUCAUCCCCAUUUAAAUCAUAAAGUUUGAAAAAUAGAUUUAAAAUCAUGUGUAAGGCCACUGAGACAGCGUUCUGUUGUUGCACAUAAAAUAUUAACCCAUGAGAAUCCAGAACAAUUUGUCCUUAUAGGAAAAUUAUGGGGCAUAUAAAACAGACCAAAUGGACCACUUAUAACACGUUUUGAAAUACAACCCCUACUUGUGAAAGAUCUGUAAUGUUAUCAUAUAUAUAUGACAUUGGGCGUUUAUGAUACAUUUUUCAUGUUAUAUGUUACAUUGGGCGUUUAUUUCUCAAUUGAAAAAAAAUACAUUUUAUAAUUUUUUCCCCCUAAAUUCGUUUUUUUCCCUGUUUAUUAGCUUUUCCACAACAUAUAUCAAAAUGAUUACUUUUCUGGGAAGAUAAAACAAAAACCUUUUUCAGAAGUACUAUAGUUUUUGCAUUUUAUUUGCUUUGCCACAACAUAUUUCAAAAUUCUACCUUUUCACGUAUAUGGUUAAACCAGAAAUUAAUUUUUAGAUUUUUUUUUUUGCAACUCGAAAAUGUGCAAACUGAAUAAAAAAGUACCUCACACUGGAGGUCAACAUGUUAAACAUGAACAUAGAUUUGUUAAAAUAUGCUUUGAAAUGAGCAGCAGAAAAUAUAUUACACUAAAAUAAUUGAAUCAGCUAAAUUAAUUGAGCAGCUCAUUACCAUUUUUACCAUUUUUCUUAAUGUGACAAAUACGUCACAUAAAAAUUCCACCUAUUUUUAUAAGGUUAAUAGAUAAAUAUCUUUGUAAAUUGUUUUAUAUCAAUUUGAUCAAGAAAUGUAUUAAAAUCAGGUUAAGAGUAAUCUAGGAUAUGUUAUUAAAACAUUAGAAUUGUUGCAUGGGUUGAAACAUGCCUUUUGUAACAAAAACAAGCGUUUUUAAAAAUUGCUGACACUGUAACAUGUGCUAACCAGACAGGACACCAUUCUGGAAAUGUUGCUAUGGCAACAAAAAAAAAUGCACAAAUUGUCACAUGACUGAACCUGGGUGUUCAUUAUAUGUCACUUAGGGACUUCCUGAGUUGAAAGUGAGGAUGAUGCUUUAAAAAGACCUUUCAGAUAAUCACAGUGUUUGUGACACCCGCCUCACCGUGGGUUCUUAUGGGUUAAUGUUUAGAACAGUGCAAAUACAAACACCAUUAGAAACUCAUAGUUCAGCAUCACACACCAUGAUAUGGGUUAAAAUGAGAGCCCAAUUUUCUCCAAAACGGUGCCAGUUUUAUCGAUUUGCAAUAAAUAAAAAUAACUAAACUUGAUAAUUUAUGUUACAAUUUUAACAUAAAUGCACAUUGUUCUAGAAGGAUGGCAUCAUGCCAUACCUUUUACACAUUUACUCAAAUUGUUAUGUUGAUAAAACUAUUUGUAAAGAAAAAUGCAUUAAAUAGCAAAGUAUUUCUGGGGAAACUUUUUCAAAAGAAAACACAAACGCACGUCUCUUUGCUGAAUCUCGGUGAAUCAACAGCAUCCACAACUGAAUGGAACAAAAAGUAACUUGAAAAUUGUUUAUGUGCGAGUGCACUUGCUAAAUGAAGGCAGAUUGUAUAAAAUGGAUAAAAAAAAAAAGUUUAUUAAUGAGCUGCAGUUUUAUUACAUUACAGAUUGGUCCUCAAUUUGAGUACAUUAUUUCAAACCGUUUUACAGUGUUUCCAACACACUUUUUUUUUUCCUUUUUCCAUCAUGCACUCAAAC